GAAGCCGUGAGCUACACUAUAUCGAGACUAGCAAGAAAUAAUGAAACGAUCUGCUACGAAGAACGGACCGCCGAUAACUUAAAUGUAUAGGUAUCCAUGGAUCUAAGCAGGUAUUAAAGUAGUACGAAUGUACUCACCGAAGGAUCGACUGAGAGAUAAGAAACUUCAUGUUAUCAGCGCCUUGACCGGGGAAGUCGCUCGAUCGCGAAACCAUCGACGAUGAGGAGGGAAUCGGUUACGAGCAUCUCCCGGCGCAAGUCGGGGGAGGCGACAGCCGCCGAUGAUGCGCUCGCCAAGAUGGGUUACAAAGCUGAGCUGCCGCGAAGUCUCAGCAUGCUUUCAGUACUCGGUUUAUCCUUUGCGAUUGGUACGUACGAAAAAGAGAAUAGCUUCAAUUCCGGUGGUAUGUAGAAACUAAUGGGUUGAUAAUGGCCGUACCUUAUGGUCUCAGCACGACGUUUUAUAUAUCGCUCUCAAACGGUCAAUCCGUCACCAUCAUCUGGGGUUGGGUUCUGCUUUCUCUCCUGUCGACCGCUAUCGCCGCUUCGCUAGCCGAGAUCUGCUCAGUCUAUCCCACUGCUGGUGGUGUUUACUACUGGGCUGCCUUGCUAUCGACACCUCGUUGGGCUCCCAUUGCUAGUUGGAUCACUGGUUGGCUGACUCUAGUUGGAAAUUGGACCGUUACACUCUCUAUCAACUUUGGAGGCGCUCAAUUGAUUCUCAGCGCGAUUUCGUUGUGGAAUGAGGACUUCGUGGCCAACGAGUGGCAGACUAUUCUCAUGUUCUGGGCUGUCAUGCUCGUCUGUUACUUGAUAAAUAUUUUCGGUUCCAAGUAUCUGGACCUGAUCAACACCGUGUGCAUAUACUGGACCGGUGCUUCGAUUAUCAUCUUCCUGGUCGUUCUGUUGGUCAUGUCGCCGAGUAAGCGAAGCGGCGAGUUCGUGUUCGCCCACUACGACGCCUCUGCUUCGGGGUGGCCGGUUGGCUGGUCAUUCUUCGUUGGUCUACUGCAGCCCGCGUACGUGCUUACGGGGUACGGAAUGGUUGCUGCCAUGUGCGAGGAAGUACAGACGCCUGAGCGGGAGGUCCCCAAGGCCAUCGUCUUGUCUGUUGUGGCGGCUGGCUUCACUGGCUUGAUCUACUUAAUUCCCAUCCUCUUCGUACUACCGGACGUACAAACUCUCCUCUCAGUCGCAAAUGGACAGCCUGUUGGUCUGAUUUUCAAGACGGCAACUGGCAGUGCAGGAGGAGGCUUUGGGUUAUUGUUCCUUAUUUUGGGUAUCUGGUUGUUCGCUGGUGUUGGUGCCCUAACUGCCUCGAGCCGAUGCACCUACGCCUUCGCACGCGACGGCGCAAUUCCCGGCUCUGGUCUAUGGAGUAAAGUUGACAAGCGAUUUGACAUUCCUCUUUGGGCCCUAACUCUAUCGGCCAUUGUAGAUUGCCUACUAGGUCUUAUCUACUUUGGUUCAUCAGCAGCGUUCAGCAGCUUCACCGGAGUCGCCACGAUCUGUCUUUCCACGUCAUACGGCCUGCCAAUUCUAGUCUCAGUCGUUCGCGGUCGAAAACAAUUAGAGCACGCGUCGUACUCUCUGGGUCGUUUUGGUUUCGCCAUUAACAUUACGACGCUCCUAUGGAUCGUCCUAGCAGUCUUUCUGUUCUGCAUGCCGACUAAUCUUACCGGGCUUGAUGCAUCCACCAUGAAUUAUGCGAGCGUGGUGUUUGCUGGUUUCGCAACCAUUAGUCUUGGAUGGUAUUUCGUCUGGGGCCGCAAGCACUUCUCCGGUCCUCCGGUUCUGAAGUCGGAUUUGGCCGAGCAUGGCGUCGGUGUUGUUCGGGGCCAAUCUCUGGACGAAGAAGUAGGAAAGGAAGCGAGUACAAAAGAAGGGGCCGAGCCGAAGGCUGUAGAAUAAAUGAAAUUUAUGUAUAUUGGAUAUUAGACAAAUAGAACAAGAUCUGUCGUUUUCGCGUGUAGAUAGACUGAAUACUUGCAGCCAGAUUAGGUGGCCAUUCACUUAUCG